AUGAGCCUCAGACCUAAUGCCGCCUCCUCCUGUGCCCGCACCAGCCCUCUCCGGGUCCUACAGGGGCUGCUAGUGCUAUCCCUGCCCUUGACCACGCUGCUUCCCUGGGCCGCCGGAGAAACUCAAAGCGUGGACAGGAAACAGUUCUUUGAACUUUACUGCAUGUGUAUGAAGACCAUCUCUGGCAUUCAUCCAAGUAACAUCCAAAUGGAGGUGCUCAGAGCAGGACCCCAUUGUGCCAAUGUUCAAGGGAUAGCCACACUGAAGAAAGGAAAGAAAAUCUGCCUGGACCCAGAAGCUCCCAAAAUCAAGAAAAUAGUCCAGAAAAUUUUGGAAAGCGAUGGGUCAACAGCUUAA